CGCAAUUACCGGUGCUAAAUCCACGUGUCGUCUCCCUUCUUCCUCUCUCUCUCUCUGACUAUUUUCCUGCAUUUUGAAUUCAACCAAACAAACCUUAACAGCAACUGUUCUUUGCCUAGUGUAGAGUGUAGUGUUUUCCUGUUCUGUUUUCUGUAGCAAUUUAGCUACCAAACAACACACAGUCACACACACACACACCCUUUUCACUCUUCUCUACAUACACUCCCCUUCAUUCAUUCAAUUGUUAUUCUUCUCUGCUUGAGUUGAGCUUCUGCUAGGGUUUGGUUUUGUAAAAUGUUUAGCUUCUUAAUUAGGAAAGAUGCCAGAAAGAUUCUCAAGCGCAAAGACAGUGAUGCUGGUGAAAAAGGAAGAGCUUUGGAAGAAUUGAGAGCCUCUCUCUUUAAUCGAUUCCGAUCCCCUGAAGGUGCUAAGCGUCAACAACAGCGUACAUGUGGUCCAGCUAUUGCACUUUCCUUCAAUUUUCUGGUUGCUGUUGGCAUUAUUUUCAUGAACAAAAUGGUGCUUCAAACUAUUAAAUUCAAAUUCCCUAUAUUUCUUACAUUGAUUCACUAUGGAGUGAGCUGGUUCUUUAUGGCUGUACUAAAAGCAUUUUCUUUCCUUCCUGCACCUCCUUCCUCGAAAUCAACUCGAAUGUCCACUUUGUUUUCUCUUGGAUUUGUUAUGUCUCUAUCUACUGGCUUUGCUAAUGUCAGCUUGAAGUAUAAUAGCAUUGGUUUCUAUCAGAUGGCAAAGAUUGCAGUGACACCAUCAAUAGUUUUGGCAGAAUUUGUAUUGUACAGUAAGAAAGUUUCUUUGCCUAAGACAUUAGCAUUGACGGUGGUAUGUAUUGGUGUUGCCGUGGCUACUGUCACUGAUCUGCAGUUCCAUUUAUUUGGUGCUUGUGUAGCAUUGGCAUGGAUUGUACCAAGUGCUGUAAACAAAAUCCUUUGGUCUAGAUUGCAGCAGCAAGAGAACUGGACAGCAUUGUCGCUGAUGUGGAAAACAACACCUAUUACUUUGAUUUUCCUGGCUGCUAUGUUACCCGGCUUGGACCCUCCAGGUGUACUCUCCUAUGAUUGGAACUUAAGCAACUCCUUGGUGAUUUUUGCAUCAGCCAUUCUUGGAUUUUUGCUUCAGUGGUCGGGUGCUUUAGCACUAGGUGCUACAUCUGCCAUCUCACACGUUGUUCUUGGGCAGUUUAAGACAUGCGUCCUUCUGCUAGGUAACUAUUAUCUCUUUGGAUCCAAUCCUGGCACAAUCAGUAUAUGCGGUGCAUUCACAGCUAUCGCCGGCAUGUCUGUUUUCACCUACCUUAAUCUGAAGCAACAAACAAACAAGACAUCUCCUCGACAAACUUCCUCCACAUUACCAAAAUCUAAACUUGGCAAAGAAAAUGGCAGCACCCAUGAGGGACAUUAUGGGACAGAGUCUGUCUAACUAGAUACCUUACUCUGCAUUACAUGCUGCGAUAUAUGACACAUAACCAAUCAUGUUUCCUUCUUUCUCAUGUUCCUAGACUCUGAUCGAUUCAUUUUGGGUGUUAUGAUGUAUUCCACAUGGAAGCUACUGUUCUUGGUUGGAAACUUGGAACACAAUCUGUAUAUGAAUGAUUUGGUGGAUUCCAUGCUAGAGCCUUUUUUUUCUCUGGCCUUUGUAAUAGGAGCAAUUUUGUUGUAACAGAAAACCAAACUUUGUUUGUAGCUUUUACAUGGCUAUCAUGAUUUGCUGCAAGUUGCCAUGGUGCUUUGUAGAUUCAUGUCAAUCUUUACUUGUGGGUUUACAUAUUGAAGAAAAGGCAUGUUUAUAUUCU